AUGGCUAAUCCGACAGGGGCGGCACCACCAGCUGCCUCAUCCUCCAUAUCCUCUUCGGCCGCAUCUCCGCCGUCUCUCCCGCCUCUGCCGCCGGGCUGGAUGGAGAACAAGGCACCCACCGGCCAUACAUACUACUACAAUGCACAGACACGGGAGUCGACCUACCGCCGGCCCAUGCCGCCGCCGCCCGCACCGCCACCACCGCCACUGGGAGGACCGGCACGAGCACCGCCCGUUCCUCUGGCCUUUGCGCACAACCAACCCGUUCCUUCACAUCCUUUCCCGGGCCAGCCUCCACCUGGCUCACACGGCCCGCAGGCGCCGUUUCUCCGCCUGUCCGACCCUCGCGUCGCCAAUGCCUUUAUGGCUCAGCACAAUGCAGCCAACCAUCCACAACAGGCCGGAGGACGAGGUGGACGGGGUGGCCGAGGAGGUUUUGGUGGACGCGGCGGCCGCGGCGGUGGCAACGACCGUCCCCGGCCGCAGCCGGUCGACAAACCCCGGUCACGCAUUGCCAUUCCCGGCCACGAGCCGUGGGUCUUGGUCUACACAAAGUAUGGACGGCGGUUUGUCUUCAACACGGCCAAGAACGCGAGCUACUGGCGCAUCCCCGAAAAGCUGAUGCCCGCCAUCCUCGAGCUGGACAAGGCGGGCAUCCAGAAGAAGGUGGAGGCGGCCAUGGGCGGCAAACGAGAACCAACCGAGCCAGGCGCAACGACCAGCACGGCAGAAAAAACAGACAAGCCAAACGCGCCUCUCGUGGACGAUGACCUUGGCUCGGACUACGAAGAGGUCGAAGUGACGGACGACGAAGACGAAGAGGGGGCGAGGGGUGGCGAUAGUGACAACGGCGACGGACCGCGCAAGAGACAACGAACAGACGACCCAGACAGCGAACCGUAUGACGAAGAAGGCUACGCCGACAUCGCCAACAACGCCAACACGGCCGACCGCGGCGGCCCCAUCGAGUUUAGCGAGGCCGACAUUGCCUACCAACUGGCAGCCGCUGCUGCCGAGUACGACGACUAUGGCGAGGAGGAGUACGGCGAAAGCGAAUACGACGCGCAAGAAGAAGAGGGAGACGGCGACGGCGGCGACGAUAAAGAUAACGACAACGAAGACGAUGAAGACGACGGCCCGUCCCAGUUCCGCGCGCUGCUCGACGACUUCCACAUCAACCCCUUCAGCCCCUGGGAGAAGCUCAUUGAAGAGGGCAAGGUCUUUGACGACCCGCGCUACACGGCGCUGCCCAACAUGAAGACGCGCCGAGCCGUCUGGGAGGCCUGGUCGCGCGACGCCAUUGCCCUGCGCAAGGCCGAGAAGGAACGGCAGGCGGCAGAGGACAGGGCGCGCGCCGCCCAACGGGACCCCCGCGCGCCGUACCUGCAGCUGCUGCAGGACCGCGCGACGCCCAAGCUCUACUGGGCCGAGUUCAAGCGCAAAUACCGCAAGGAGCCCGGCCUCAAGGACACCGUCGCCCCCCACAAGGAAAAGGACAAGGAGAAGCUGUACCGCGAGUACGUGGCGCGGCUGAAGCUGCCGGCGGCGGCGCGCAAAGCCGACCUGACGACACUGCUCGAGUCGCUGCCGCGGUCCCUGCUGCACAACCAGACCGACACCGCCACCGGCCUGCCACGGGAGCUGACGGGCGACCUGCGGUACGUGGCGCUCGAGCCCGCCGUGCGGGAUGCGCUGGUGGAGGCGUUUGUCCGGACAGCAGGGCCGCCGCCCGACGAGGGAACGAGAUAA